AUGAGCAGCGAAGAUUACAAGUUCGCCGCAAAACUGGCUCACCUAGAAAGCUUAGAAACGUCCCAGGAUGAUGAAAUGUAUGAAGUUGAAAGCCGCGGAAAUGUCACAUGCCCUCCGGACAUUAUCAAUCAAUUCAAUUUCUCCGAUUUAAAUGAAGUGAGUUAUGAGAAGAGUUCAGAAUUAUGGAUAUUUUCCUAAAGACACCAGAUCAUCAAUUGAUAUCCGCUAAUUUCCAAUUAUUUUAUUCUUUUUAUUCACUCUAUUUUGUAGUUUCGUUCAACUAAAUAACUCUGAUCAGUUCCGCAUGAGUAUAGUAUAGUAUGUUCGGUUUCGGGUGCGGGAAUAUUAAUCCCCUAAGCUCACUUCUAGUACUUAGUACAGAAUUGGCAAUGAAUAACUCACAACCUUGAAAAUUCAUAGCUCCAAAUCUAGAAGUAUUCUCAGAUAGCGGUAGUAAUGAGUCGCUUUGUCUUCCUAAGCUUUUAGAAAGUAAAAAUUCUAUACUUCACACUGAAUACAUCUUGUCAGAAUUUUUCUUGAAUAAUGAAGACAAUAUUUAGUCAAUGGCUAGAGAAAUGGACGAACUCAGCAAGCAAGACAGGAUAUUUCACUCCGAAAUGCGUGCCACAAUCAACAGCGCCAUCAUUGCUCAAGACCCUUGCACAUUGCCUGACGACGUGCGAGAAGAACUUAUGAAGCAGAAACGCAAGGUUUCUUUUUUUGAGAACGCAGUUUAAACUAAGUUAGAAAUUUUCAGGAUGAAGCCUACAAAACGGCGCUGUGCGAGUCAUUCCGUAAGACGAAAACGUGCGCCUACGGCGAAAACUGUCGAUUUGCUCAUGGAGUUGACGAACUUCGGCUGCCUCCUAACGUAAAAAAAAAGAUUCACUUCACAAGUUAAUGGUGAAAAUUUAAGCCUCGUGGACGGAACCAUCCAAAAUACAAAACUGUGCUCUGUGACAAGUUUUCAACUACCGGCAAUUGCAAAUAUGGGAUUCGGUUUUCAUAUUGACCUAGAUUAUUCAUAGAGUUGAUGUUCUAGAUGCCAAUUCAUCCAUAAGAUAGUCAACCCUUUGAUUGUUGCGCAAAUGCGGCCAGACGACUUUCUGCAGCAAAGUGUGAGUAAAUGCUAUUUUUUAAUGUAAAAGAAAAACAAUAUUGCAGUUUGUGGGAAGAUCAUACGGCUCUACAGCGCCACAUCAAUACGGCAGACAAGUAGAUCUUAACCAGAGGUCCGUUUUAGUCUCCUCUAGAGUUUAGUAACGAAUCUCCAUGCCUGUUCUGUAAUUAUGAGUUUUUUUAUCUUUUCAGUAUGCCGCACUCGAACUCUCGUCGCGAUGAUAUGGCACGAGCCUUUGCUCGCGCUGUCGACCAUAACCCGCACAUUUCGCGGCUCGCUCGCGUCGUUGAGACGCGCAAUCCUUUCAACAAUUUCCAGAAAGGCCUCUGA